AUGGGUACUUGCCAAGGAAAAUAAAAAGAUUAAAAAGAUAUUAUUAGCUCUCUAUGUUACUAAGCAAUAGAUUUUAUAGGAAAGGGUUAGAAUGCAAUUAUAAUUUAAGCAACGUGUAAUCAGAAGUAAGUAGCAAUAAAGGUAAUAAGCAAUAUAAAAAAUGUCUACUUCGAUAACUUUAAAUAUAUCUAUUCCAGGCUCUACUUUUGUGAUAAAAAAUAUCUGUUAAAGACAUAUGAUAUCAUGAAUAGCUUGCAACUUCAAACAUUCUUUUUAGUCAAUUAGCUUUGUUCAUGCACAUUAAAGGAGAUAAGUGAAAGAAAUGAGUUGGAUAUACAUUAAAUAUGCUCAAUAACUCAAUAAUUGCUUAAUGGAUUAAUUGAAAUUGAACAAGAAUAGUUUAAUUUGUUCAUAAAUCCUGAUAAUAUUCUCUACAAUAAGGAGAAUUAUUCUUUUGUUUAUUCUAAUUUCUGCUUUUAUUAAAUGCUUAAAAGAACGAACUAAAAUGAAUACACUUCAUAAGUAAUUUAAAAUAAAUACUUAGCUCCUGAGAUUUCUAAUAAAAAUAAGCAAAUUGAUAUUAAAGCAAAUGUUUAUUCUUUAGGAGUAAUUUUGCUUGAACUAUUUUUUGGUAAGAGACAUUUUACAAACGAAACAGAAGAUGCCUGCAUUGAAUAAUAAUUAUAAAAUUAAUAAAAUGAGGAAAUACAGAAGUUUAUAAAUAUAAUUAUAUCAAGUAUGAUAAAAAAAUCUCCUGAACAAAGACUAGACCCAUCUCAAUUGAUAUAAAUACUAUAAGAAAACUUUAAAUAUAAUGAGAGUAACUUGAAAUAUCUAAAUGUUAUAAAAGGUAAACGAACUAGCUAAGAAAAUUAAGCAAAUACAGAACCCCUUGAAUUAAAAACAUAUAAAAAUCUUCAAAAAGAACGAAGCAGAUAGAUUAUCUCUUUAAAUUUAAGUUCUCAACGUAUUGGCAAAUCAGAAAUAAAAUCCUUCUCAAAAAAUUUAGUUCAUUUAAAUUAACUUAGAUUUCUUGAAAUAGAUCUUAGCUAAAAUGAUUUAAAGCAAUAGGGAGUCAAAGCUCUUUUUGAAGGAUUAAAAGUUUUAAAAGAUUUAAAAUGCUUAAAAUUAAAUCUCAUGAAAAAUCAUAUAGAUAAAAAAGGUGCAACUUAUAUAAAUGAGGGAUUGAAGGAUUUAAAUUAGCUUGAGCAUUUAGAGAUUAAUUUACAUUCCAAUUAGAUAGAAUAAGAGGGGGCAUAGCUUUUGUCACAAGGACUUCAAUUUUUGGAUUAAUUAAGCUAGCUAAAGCUUGACUUAACGUAAGCUUAUUAAAAUAUCUAUUAAUUUAUUUAAGGAGAUAUUUAUACCAGAUGGAAUAAAAUUGGUGAUAGUGGAGCUGAGCUUCUUUCAGAAGGAAUUUAAUAACUAAAAAAUAUAAACUAAUUAGAGCUAUUUUUAAAUUGGAAUAAUAUUGGGGACGAAGGAGCAGCAUUCAUAUUUAAGGGGAUAUAACAAUUAACUAGUAUAGUCAUUUUAAAUAUCAGUCUUUGUCCUAACAAAAUUAGUGAAAUAGGAGCAAGUUAUUUGUCAACAGCUCUUUGCAAUUUACCACAUAUAAUGACAUUAUAAAUUAACUUAAACAUAAAUGAUAUUAAUGCAGAUGGUGCUUUACAUUUAUCUGAAGCUUUGAAAAAAUUAAAAAAUUUAAUUCACUUGGACUUAAAUCUAAAUUCCAAUAACUUAGGAUAAAAAGGAGCUGAAUAUUUGUCAUAAGGGUUAGGUUGCUAAAGUAAUAUAAGUUAUCUCAAAUUAGAUAUGAAUUCCAAUAAAAUUGGGGAUGUUGGCUUUCAACAAAUAUCUGAAUCGCUAAUAGCUUUCAAUAAGCUUCAGCAUCUUAACUUAGAUUUUAAUUAAAAUAACAUAAAUCAAGAAGCCGUUGAAGAUUUAUCUUAAUCUUUGACAUAAUUAAAGCACUUAACAUUGCUGAACAUAAAUUUAGAGUUUAAUGAAAUAAACUAAUACGAUGAUAGUUUAUUAAAAAAAUCUCUAAAUAAUUGUAGCAUCUCUAUAACAAUUUGA